GUGGCGGCAGUGGGGCUUCUGGGGGCGUCCCUGGGAAGGGGCGCAAAUUAACAGAUGUGCAUGAGGAAGUGUCUGGUCGGUCUCACGUUUUGUACCUGCUACCUGGCUGCUUACCUCACGAACAAGUAUGUCCUGUCUGUCUUGAAAUUUACCUACCCUACAUUAUUCCAAGGGUGGCAGACACUGGUUGGUGGACUUUUGCUUCAUGUGUCAUGGAAACUGGGCUGGGUGGAGAUCAACAGCCGUUCAAGAUCUGAUGUUUUGAUGUGGCUUCCUGCUUCGGUGCUAUUUGUGGGUAUCAUCUAUGCUGGUUCCAGAGCGCUGUCCAGACUGGCCAUUCCUGUGUUUCUCACUUUGCAUAAUGCAGCCGAAGUUAUCAUCUGUGGGCACCAGAAGUGUUUUCGGAAAGAGAAAACUUCUCCUGCAAAGAUUUGUAGCGCCCUCUUCCUGCUGGCUGCUGCCGGGUGCCUGCCCUUCAACGACUCCCAGUUUGAUCCAGAUGGAUAUUUCUGGGCUGUAAUUCACUUACUCUGUGUAGGGGCUUAUAAGAUACUACAGAAAUCCCAGAAACUCAACAAGUUAAGUGACAUUGACCAGCAGUACUUAAACUAUCUAUUCAGUGCGGUGCUCCUGGCUUUAGCAGCUCACCCCACAGGUGAUCUCUUCAGUGUCCUAGACUUUCCGUUCCUGUAUUUCUACAGAUUCCACGGCAGCUGCUGUGCCAGCGGAUUUUUAGGAUUCUUUCUCAUGUUCAGCACCAUGAAGCUAAAAAGCCUUAUGGCCCCGGGGCAGUGUGCAGCCUGGAUUUUCUUUGCUAAGGUGAUCACGUCUGGCUUAUCGAUGUUGCUGUUUGAUAUAAUUCUGACCAGGGAAACCAUGGGAUGCCUCCUGCUCGGCGGAUUUGGAGAGGCCUUGCUGAUUUUCUCAGAGCGGAAGGGCUCCUAAACCCGGGAAAAGUGGAUCCCAGGCUGUAGUGGAGAACACCGCGCUGUCCAGGUGAUAGAAAGAGGAAAGCGAGGAUGGAGAGGCGCUACCGCUCGCUGCGGCAAGGAGAACUCUCUUUCUGGGGUCUCUAGGAUGCUUCAGGGAGUGAGUGGACUGUGUCGAGAGGCUCCCCAGGUCCAGGUGAUGAGCCCCGCGCGCAGGUGUGCAGAGAGAGAUGCAGGGUUUCACCCGUGUGGGGAUGGCUCCGCCUUCCUGGAUUGCUGCGCAUGCUCCUUAUUAAACACCCUUCAGCAAGCAAGCUUUCACUGGUGGGUAGUGGAGGUAUUGUAUCGUAUUUUGGGCUUUGUUUUGUAAUUUCACAACCUUGAAGUCUUCUCUGAGGAUGUCCUUUCCUUGCUGUCAGGUUGGCUUGCCUCAAACCCACACUCACUCACUUAGGGGCACACAGAGAAUUCCAUGAGGGGGCUUCCCCUGGAGGCCGAGUUGGGGGGCAAAUGGGAGUCCUAGGCCAAGUAAGACACCAGCAAGGACACUGUUUCUCUCCAGCACUGAAGACUUUCUGUGGUUGUGUGUUGUGUUGAAUUCUGAACACCCUUUUGGGCCCACCAUCAGGUUAAAUUGGUACUGAUGAUUACCCAAGGGUAAUGAUUACCACUGAUGAAUAAGCACUGAUGGAUGAAACAAACAUAAGUAUGUAA